ACUCAGCAGCGAUUCUGCUGAAUAACACAGCAAACAGCGAACUGCUCUGUAAAACCACUGUGUUUUGCAUAUUGAAUUGUAUUGAAACGGGCAGGUGCACGAGCUUUGAAAGUUAGAAGAGGAGCGCGAGCAGAGGAGCGUCAGUGCAGAGAACAGCCAACCUAAAUUGAGGUUACAAUUAUCCUCCUACAGGACCCUGUAGGGAUGUGUCGUAGACAGCAGCAAUUAAUGAAGGAGCAAAACGAUUAAAAAAACAUUCGGGUCUUGUCUCAAGACAGGCAAGUCGAACGUGUUUGAGGACAUUGUGCACAAGUGAAGAAUUUUGAACCGACGGAGGAAGACUUCGCGAGAUACAGAAUGGCAUCGCUGCCAUGGAGAUAUUGUAAAGCAAAGGAAGUGGGCUUUUGGAACUGUGGCUUCUAAAUGUGACAUGCAUCUCCAGUGAACACUGAGCCCAUCAUAGAUCCAAACUUGAAAAUAUCUGGUUAUGAGAACUGGCACUACAAAGGUCCCUUGGAAGGAGGUAAGAUGUUUAUGGAACUGCGUGGCCAGUGGGGCGCAUGGACGAUCCUGCUGCUGUGGUGUAUAAACUUAUCAGCUGCUGAUCUCACCUGCCCACAGAAAUGCAUUUGCAACCGUGACACACUGGAGGUCAACUGCUCCUCAAAACACCUCACAGGUGUGCCUGAGGGCCUGCCCAUUAAUGCCAAGCGCCUAGACCUUUCUGGGAAUCAACUGAAAACACUGGCCAGGUGGCAGUUUUCUGGCUUGUCCAAGCUGGAGGACCUGGACCUGAGUGAAAACAUCAUCUCUAUGAUUGAGGUGGAAGCAUUUGAGGGACUGAAGAACCUGCGAUACCUCAGGCUGAAGAACAACCGCCUCAAGAUCCUUCCAGUUGGGGUCUUUUCAGGCCUCUCCAACCUUCGAUGUUUAGAUAUCAGUGAGAAUGAGAUCCUGGUUUUCCUGGACUACACAUUCCAGGACAUGAUUAACUUACAGCAGCUUGACGCGGGAGAGAAUGACCUGGUGUUUAUCUCACAACGGGCUUUUGUUGGGCUCCAAGCACUCAAGGAGCUGAACGUGGACAGAAGCAAUCUGACAUCUAUCCCCACCGAGGCUCUGUCACAGCUUCAGAGCUUGACCAAGCUGCGUCUGCGCAAACUGACCAUUAGCAUGCUGCCAAAUAAUGCUUUUCACCGUUUGCACCAGCUACGCACUCUACAGAUUCUCCACUGGACUUCUCUUGAAACGCUAAAUAGUAACAGUCUGGUUGGCCUCAACCUUACCACUUUAGCUUUUAGCAACUGCAACCUGAGUGCAAUUCCUUAUGCUCCAUUGCGCCAUUUAGCCUAUUUGCAAUACCUGGACCUAUCCUACAACCCCAUCACCUCCAUACAGGGCAACCUACUGGGAGAGCUUCUCCGACUGCAAGAGUUGCACCUGGUAGGUGGGAGCCUGAUGCGUAUCGAGCCAGGUGCCUUCAGAGGUCUGGUCAACUUCCAUCUGCUUAACGUGUCCUCUAAUCGUCUGUCUACCCUGGAAGAAAGUGUCUUCCACUCUGUAGGGAACUUGCAGACACUGCGGCUGGACAGAAAUCCUUUAGCUUGCGACUGCAGGCUACUCUGGGUGCUGCGACGCCGCCGGCGGUUGGACUUUGAUGGCCGUCAACCCACCUGUUCUGCCCCUAAUCAGCAGAAGAAAGCAUUUCGGGACUUUUCGGAGGCUGAACUCCCGGUUAUAUUUAUAUGCAAACAGGCACAGAUUCUGAACCGACAGCUGCAAGAUAUGAGUGUGUUGGAAGGCAUGAGUGUGCGGUUUGACUGCAAAGCAGAUGGCUAUCCAUCGCCUUCUAUUACCUGGCUGUCAGUCCAGCAGUCUCUACUUAGCUCUGUGGGGAGAAUACGAGUGCUUGCUAAUGGGAGCUUAGAGGUGCGUUAUGCACAAGUACAAGACAGUGGAACUUAUGUGUGUACUGCAGCUAAUGCAGCUGGUAAUGACAGCUUCUCUGUAAGUCUUCAAGUAGAGGGUCUCCCACAAAACCACACAGCAUCGUAUUUCUCAGACGAGGGAUGGAUGGAAACAUCAUUGCCUCCCUCUAUCAACUCUACAGCACGGGUGUCAAACCCUUACCCAUUUGAUGCUAAAACCCUCAUCAUUGCAACCACCAUGGGCUUUCUCUCUUUCCUCAGCUCUGUGGCAAUCUGUUUUGUGUUUAUGUUUUUCUGGAGUCAGAGCAAAGGUCAGAUAAAACACACUGCCACUAUAGACUUUGUGCCACGAUCGUCCCUGGGUGGAGGUGGAGAAGGUGGGAACACAGGAAGAUUUACAAUGAAGCUUAUUUGAGCUGGUUGCAACAUCAUAGAGAAUUAAAGAACUUUGAGGAACUGAUAGGUAUUAGCUGAUCAUUUACUAAGUACUGUUGCAGCUUGCAAACAUAUUAUAUGAGCAAGGUAUAAAGCUUAUUACAAAAUUUGCAAGCCUGAUUGACAUUAUUGAUAUAUGAACUUUUCUUUAUAUUAAUGUAUUUUAGCAGUUCUGUUAGGUAGUUUAGAUCACUAUAUCAAAGUCAAUAAGUUAGUAUGGUGGGUUCAGCAAUGCAACUGCCUAAAGUCUGAUACAGCACAGCAGACAAACAAAACUCACAGACUUUCAGUGGUUGUAUGCAUGCAGGCUGGGUUACAUUGAAACUCUAGAAUGAAGUAUUAUAGUAUAUUACUUAUAUUAAUAGUUUCUUUCAAAAAAGCAAUAACAAAUUGUAUUAUUUGACUUUGAACUUUCUAUGUCCAUUGGUAUAAUAAUGUUUUGUUUUGUGUUUUGUUUUUUGGAAACAAAUUAUAAAGUGUGUAUUUUAAUCAUAUUUGACCAUUAAUAACAACUGGAUAUUAUUGUUGUGUGCCAUUGUUUGUCAUUGCUUAAUUUUAGGCUCACAGCUCUUAAUAAAAUUAAUACUAAAAUAAUUUCCUUGGUAAGGGCUCUGGCACAGUUAACCUUUAUAUUGUAAAAAUUAUAUAUUUCAUUUUUCUGACUAAUGAACCCAAUACAGGCCACACAUUGAUGUAUUUGAUUACAGUUGCAAAGCAGUUUUAGCUUUUGUAACUUUUUUAACACAAAUGCAAAUGUAAUUUGUGCAAAAGAUUAAAAAACAUACAGUAUGUGUUAGCUUAAACAUUCUAACAGGCUCUAAAUGUCCAUAGUACAGGAAAUAAAGUAAAUAAAGAGUUAAACAAGUGAAGUAUUUGAAAUAUACAGUAUAUGUCUUGUGUGAUAUUGUACAUUACAGCAAACAAUGUUAUUCUUAUAGGUUACUGAAUAUAGUUAAGAUUAUAGAGUUUUUGCAGGGUCAUUCAGAAAUGUCUUUUUUAUUUGAAUUAACCACAUCAAGUGAAGUUAUGCCAUGCCAAUGACUGAUGUGUGUCUAUAAUGGCUAUGCACAAAUGUUAUGAAAGCACACCACAUGUUGAUGGUUAUUAAAGAUGCUUUGCAUAUUAUCUAAUGUAUAUAUUUCCACAUUUUUAUGUUUUUGCUAUGCAUUUGUAACUUAAAAAUUUUGCAGUGAACUAUUAAAGACUAUGCAAGUCUGGCUGUUAA